AAUGACGGCAUGCAGUUCGCAGCCAAUACAAAGAAAAUUGAGUAAUUACAUAAGAUCGAUUGAAAUUUUUGCGCCAUCAUUAUCGUCAUUAUCAUUGGACAGCCGCCAAAGUCGCGCGAGUUCGGCGUCUUCAACGAUAAAUACUGAAUACAAGAUACAUAAUAAUUAGUGGGUAAAAGUGAAUAACUUGAAGUCGAACGCGCGUCGAAUGGCUCGAUGACCGCAGUCACCCUCUAUUGAAAACAACGAACCGCCAGCCCAAGACCAGCCGAGGGUAUUCCAAGGAUAAUCUAGUGAUCUCAGAUCUUCAGUAGCGAGCUGAGAGUCCUGAAGUUGGCUGCAGUGUGACUUAACCUGUCAGAAAACGGAGAAAAGCACGGAGCAUACUCAGUAUCAUAACCGACUUGUUAACCCACACGUACUGCGUAUUCGUUCCGACAGAUAUUCAAUCCUCUUUCGUGUAUACAUAUAUAGUGGUUCAAAUUCUCGUCCGUGCUUUCCGACCAGACGCACCAAAUCCACGAUAUUUCGCUCUUCGACGCGAGGCUCACAUAUUGUUAUGCGGUGGUGACUUAGCGCCAGAGUUAUUCAAGUAGCAGGUAAUUAGAGCGAGGCUGGUCAGACAUUAAUUUGGGAAUAAAAUGUCUGGACACAGAAGUACUGGUGGCAACGGAAGCCAUCAGAGCGGCCCUCAGGGUCUCAAGCAAAUAGAUCUCGACCAGAUUUGGGGCGACCUAAGAGAAGGCAUCGAGCAGGUUUACAACCGGCAAUGCAUGCCCAAGCCGAGAUACAUGGAGCUUUAUACACACGUGUAUAACUAUUGCACAAGCGUACAUCAGCAGUUGACCAACAGAACGUCGAUGAAAAGCAAGAAGGGUCAAAUAUCGGGCGGCGCUCAGCUAGUUGGGCUGGAAUUGUAUAAACGUUUGCGAGACUUUCUACGGAAUUAUCUCACCAGUUUACUGAAGCACGGAGUCGACCUAAUGGACGAGGACGUAUUGAAGUUCUACACGCGGCAAUGGGAUGAGUAUCAAUUCAGCAGCAAAGUUCUGAACGGGGUCUGCGCAUAUUUAAACCGUCACUGGGUGAGGAGAGAGUGCGAGGAAGGCCGAAAAGGAAUUUGUGAGAUCUAUCAGCUGGCGUUGGUCAUAUGGAGGGAUAAUUUAUUCAAACAUUUGAACAAGCAGGUGACCAACGCAGUGCUCAAACUUAUAGAACGAGAGAGAAACGGUGAGACAAUAAACACAAGCCUUGUCAGCGGAGUGAUUAAUUGCUACGUUGAGCUGGGUCUUAAUGAGGAGGAUCCGGGUGCCAAAGGGCCAAAUUUGACCGUCUACAAGGACUCGUUUGAGAAUGUUUUUCUCGAGGACACAGAACGCUUUUAUACACGCGAAAGCACCGAAUUCUUACGACAUAAUCCUGUCACGGAAUACAUGAAAAAGGCUGAGCAAAGACUCCUGGAGGAACAGAAACGAGUUAGGGUGUAUUUGCACCAGACGACUCAUGAACGUCUGGCAAAAACCUGUGAAAGGGUUCUUAUCGAGAAACAUUUGGACAUAUUUCAUGCGGAAUUCCAAAAUCUUUUGGACUCCGAUAAAAAUGUCGAUUUGGGUCGGAUGUACAUGCUCGUUGCAAGGAUACCGAACGGUCUUGGCGAGCUUCGCAAUCUUCUCGAGAGUCACAUAGCCAGUCAGGGAUUAGCUGCUAUCGACAAGUGCGGGGACUCGGCGGCUAACAACUUUUUACUUACAAACUUGUCAGUGCAGGAUCCUAAAAUAUAUGUGAGCACUAUCUUGGAAGUUCACAAGAAGUAUAAUGGGCUGGUAUUGGUUGCCUUUAAUAAUGACAGUGGAUUUGUCGCUGCCUUGGACAAAGCUUGCGGUCGGUUCAUUAACAGCAACUCUAUUACACGGGCUGCUAAUAGCAGUAGCAAAUCGCCAGAACUCUUGGCCAAGUACUGUGACCUUUUACUCAAGAAGAGCAGUAAGAAUCCGGAAGAGGCAGAGCUCGAAGAUACACUUAAUCAAGUUAUGGUAGUUUUCAAAUAUAUCGAAGACAAGGAUGUAUUCCAGAAAUUCUACAGUAAAAUGCUUGCCAAACGGCUUGUGCAGCACAUGUCUGCCAGCGACGAUGCUGAAGCGUCAAUGAUUUCAAAGCUAAAACAAGCUUGUGGAUUCGAAUACACUUCUAAACUACAGCGCAUGUUCCAGGAUAUUGGAGUGUCGAAAGACUUGAACGAACAAUUUAGAAGGCAUUUGGUAAAUUCUACCGAACUUCUGGAUAUCGAUUUUAGUAUACAGGUGUUGUCGUCCGGUUCCUGGCCGUUCCAGCAAUCUUUCACAUUUUCUCUACCCACAGAGCUAGAAAGAUCUGUGCACAGGUUUACCACUUUCUACAGUUCUCAGCACAGUGGGAGGAAAUUGAAUUGGUUGUACAACAUGUCGAAAGGGGAAUUGCUCACAAAUUGUUUUAAGAACAGGUAUACUCUGCAAGCUUCGACCUUCCAAAUGGCAGUUCUAUUGCAGUAUAAUGCUGCGACAUUUUGGACCGUGCAACAACUUCACGACGCAACACAAAUCAAAAUGGAUUUUCUUUUACAGGUUAUACAGAUCUUGUUGAAAGCGAAGCUUCUAACUGUCGCUACCAAUGACGAUGAACUUGAUUUAACUCCAUUGUCAACUGUCGAACUAUUCACAGGAUAUAAAAACAAAAAAUUAAGGGUAAAUAUUAACAUACCAAUGAAGACGGAACUCAAGGUUGAACAGGAAACGACCCACAAGCACAUAGAAGAAGAUCGUAAACUGUUGAUUCAAGCCGCGAUUGUGAGAAUUAUGAAAAUGCGCAAGGUCCUAAAGCACCAGCAACUCGUCGCCGAAGUUCUAAACCAACUCAGUACGAGAUUCAAACCGAGGGUGCACGUUAUUAAGAAAUGUAUAGACAUUUUAAUAGAAAAGGAAUAUCUAGAACGUACGGAAGGACAAAAGGAUACGUACAGUUACCUGGCAUGAUCUGCCUAAGUGAGACAACAAAGUAGCAGCUGUUUAAAAAAGGAGAAACAACUUCUGCCGUAUGCGUCUGUCAUCGUCGCUGCUGCUAUUGCAUCUACGUUACAAUAUUUAUUAUUUACGUCGCACACAAAGUUCUUGUAUACAAUAUAAGCUCCCUCCCCCCCCCCUCCCUUCCGGCCCUGUACGGAAUAAUUGUCCGACCGAUCGCAUUUAGAAAAAAUGAAAAAGAAGAAGAUGGAGAAGAGAAAAAAGAAACAUGGAUUUUAUAUAAUAUUAUUAAUAAAUUUCUUUUCGUAGUUUAAAUUUAUUCGGUUAUAAACAUAAUUUACAACUAAUGACAGCCGGAGAACAAACCUUGUGGCCUAAAAUUAAAUUAACAAUCUAAAUACCAAUUAUCGAUUUAUAAUGUUUACGAAAGAAGGAGCAAAUACAAUUUUGCUACUGUGUCAAAUUUUAUAAUUGUUUGCUUUUAUUGCAAUCUUCGAGACACGCGUAAUUCUUUUUUUUUUUCUAUUUUAUUGUUAGAUGCGGACACCCGCUUAAAUUAACUAGCCAAACAGACUCGAAACGCAACUUCUAUCUAUAGCUAAUCUGGAUGAAUACUUGCAUCAUAUCGGGUACCUGUUUUUUUUUUCAUUCGUUUUGUUAUCAAACAAUCCUUGGUAAUUUACGCAGCAACGUUUUUUAUCACUGUGGUUGUAAAUUUAUUAUAAGCUCGCCGUGCGUUACUGUUUUUCUUCAUUUCAUUUUAUUUCUUCAAAAGAUAAACAUGUGAACUUCUUUGGUUUGAGAUAACUUCACGAAUCAUAUUCAAGACGUAGGAUUAGAGAUCUUUUUUUGGCUUAAUUGUAAUUAUUAUUUUUUUUCUCAUUUUUAUUCUACUUUGUUCUUGAUUGAUCGAUAAUUACCUAUUGUUAAUAAAAUAUUUUAUUGUAGUGUAUUCGAAUUUUAAUAGCCACAAAUCCUCCUGUUGUUGUUAUUGUGAUUUUUUUUCGUAAUCUUCGAGGCUUGCGCAAAGAAAUUUAUCUUCAUUGAGCGAUGGUUUUUGUUUCUUUCCAUUAUCAUCAUCGCAUAAUGUUUAAGGACAGUGAUAAGAUUUCUGUUAGGAAGUUGUUGAAAUGUAAUUGAAUUUUGCGUGUCCUGGGAAAAUGGAAAGUAUUGCGAAAUCCAAAUGGAAAUCAUGCGAUGUUCGAUUGAGAGACGUUUUAUCAGAUUCUAAAUAAGACAGAGAUGAAACAGAAAGAGAGAAAUAAGAAAAAAUUGAAAAGAAAGGAAUGUUCUUAGUAAAUAAAUAAUUAAGUAAGCACUGAUGUUUUAUCGUAAUUUGCGACCAUAAUUAGACGAUACGCGGUAGUUAGAUUCAAUUUUAAGGAUAUGUAAGUAGAUAACAUAGCAGGUACUACUUGGGAUGAUGAAAUAAUACCUAAUUUCACUUAGUUAAAUUGGUAAUGAUAUUCUCAAUUGUUUAACCAUUCUUGAACGUAAAAUGACUAUGGAAAUUGAAGAAUG